GUCAGUCCGACUUUUACUUUCGUUCCGGUUGGUUUAGAGUCGUCGUUAUUCGGGAGCUAUUGCAAAAAAAAAAAUCGGUAUCUUUGAAAGUUAAGACCUCAAAAAUGUUGGAGCAAAUUUUUACCGCCGACGACCAGAAACGUCGAGAUCCGAGCCAAAGUGUCAAUUCGCCUAUGCGACAAUUUUUCCGGGGGAAGACUGUGUUUCUCACUGGAGGGACGGGAUUUCUGGGAAAACUAUUCAUUGAAAAGCUACUCAAGUGUGACGUUAAGGAGCUGAUCCUUCUGAUUCGGCCCAAACGGGGACGAACAUCUCGGGAGCGGUUGCAGCGGCAGUUCGAGCGGGAAACUGUUUACCAAAACUACUCUCAGAAUCCCAACUCCUACUGGACGCGCAUCCGGGUGAUAGAUGGUGCGCUACAGUACACAGAACUGAACCUGCCAGAGAUCGAUAUCGAGUACCUGAAGAACAAUGUCGAGAUAGUUAUUCACUCGGCAGCAGACGUCAAUCUGGACACCUCGAUUCAGAAUGCCAUCAAAACCAAUGUAUUCGGGGCCCAGGAACUGCUCAAAAUCGCCCUGGGCAUGAAAAAGUUGAUCUCAUUUUUGUACAUUUCGACGGCAUACUCGAACUGCAUCCAGGAAGAAAUUUUCGAACGGUACUACGAUGUGCACAUUCAACCGACGGAGCUGGUCAAGAUAGCCGAUACCUUGCAAGAGGAGGAUAUGGAUACGUUGUCCCGUAAAAUUAUCCACCCCUGGCCCAAUACCUACACCUUUGCAAAAGCUACGGCAGAAAAUGUAUUCCGGGAAUACUGUAACCGAUUGCCAAUUGUGCUAAUAAGACCGUCAAUUGUGAUUGCAACUGUGGAUGAUCCUAUUGAAGGGUGGACCGACAACGUGUACGGGCUAAACGGCGUCAUCAGUGGAGUGGGUAGUGGCGUACUUCGGAUUCUUCUCAUUGAUAAUCAAUACCACUCGGAUAUCAUACCGGCCGAUUUGGUGGUCAAUUCAAGCCUCGCCGCCAUCUGGUACAGCACAACGCAACAGGUGGGGGUGCCGGCAGAGGAAAAAGUAUUCAAUUGCGUUUCCCGGGUGGACAAUCCGUUUACCUACGAGAAAGUUUGCCAGUACUGCAUGGAGUGCAAAUUCAUUUGCCCGGCGAUAAAAACGCUUUGGUUCCCUCGCUACAAUCACACCAAAUCGAAAACUGUAUACUACUUCCUGAAUAUUUUGUACCACUUCAUACCUGCGUUGUUUUUCGAUUUGCUUGCCAGAAUUAUGGGAGAAAAACCUAGAGUGGUUUUCCUGUAUCGAAAAAUUCAACAAUUCACAGAUGUUCUACAAUUCUUCACCAACAACCAGUGGUGGUUCAGGAACGAAAACAUGCGGAAGGUAUACGACAGCAUGUCCGUGGAGGAUAAGGAAUUCUUCCCAUCAGAUGUUAAGAAAAUCGAUUGGCACGACUUUUUCUACAUCUAUGUAAUGGGCCUCAGGAAAUACGUAAUGAAGGAGAAUCUAGAAAACCUUAAAGAGGCAAAGCGCAAGAUGGUUUUGCUUUGCAUCAUGCACUACACUCUGUUGACAGUGUUAUAUUUGCUAGCCGCUUGGGCUUUGGUCGUGGUUUUUCGAAGUGAUUCAGUGCAGAGCACAAUCGCGUGGGGACGUGAAGUUCUGCCAUUUUAAUAAUAAGUACCUAGAUCUUAAAUUGAAUAAAUUCUUUUUACU